AUGCAUUUUGCAUGGGAAUAUAUCUUUUUCACUGAAAAGAACCCUUUUAAAGCCAAGAAAAUUCCCAUUGAGACUAGGUGGUACAAACCACCAAAAAAUGCUAUUAAACUUAACUGUGAUGGCGCUUUAUCUUCUACUAAUAAUGCAGCAGGAAUUGGUGGACUAUUCCGCAAUAGUAAUGGUGAUUGGAUUUUGGGAUAUCAAAAAGCGACACAUGCUGCCUCCCCAAUUCAUGCAGAAUUACUAGCACUUCUGGAAGGGCUAAAUAUUGCAGUAGACUUUAAAGACACAAACAUGGAAAUUGAAACUGAUAGCACGGAUGCCAUCAAACUACUACAUGAGGACUGUACUAACUUUCAAAAUGUUAUUCUUGAAUGCAGAUGGUUAGUGCACCAACUGAAGCUCCCAUUACUGAGGCAUAACUUUAGGGAAGGAAAUGAAGUAGCUCAUCGACUGGGCAAGGAAGCUUUGAAGAAACCUCCCAGUGACAAAUUUGUUUACCAUGCUCGUCCACCUUUUUUUGUACAAGAAGAUAUUCGAAAAGACAAGCAUGAAUCUUGUAAUAGUUUAAGAACUAUCUCUACGGAUGUUUGUAAUUUCCUAGCAACUAUGGGCAAUAGUAAUGCCCUUAAGACUAUGUCUUACUCAUGUAAUUUGUCUUUUAAGUAA